CUUCUGAGAACAUUCCUACUGCUGAGUCUCUGCCACUCAAGCAACAUUAACUCAAAGGUCAGAUGGGAGACGUUUCAUAUUAACACUGGUGAGCCCUUCCAGACUUCCGAGAGUAUAUCUAGCCGAGUGGGAACAGUUGGAUAUUACGUGACCAGCAUGUCCUCGCUAUCAUUACCUUUUUACCAGAGACACCACCGGCACUAUGACCGUGACUAUCGUAGCAGCCAGUUGCAGUCCACUAUGCAAGACUACCGCCUGGAGGAAAAGCGCAAAAUUGCAACUCGCUCCCACGGCCACGAGUAUGUCAGCGGAUUUACUGAUAUAAAAGAUGAAAAACUCAAGCAGUCAGAAGGACACAUUGGUGGUGAGUUUCAUCUUGUCCAAAAGGAUACUAGGGAAGAACACAACGUUGAGAAGACUGCAGUACAUAAGUCAAGAAAAGUAGCCAUCCGGGAGUCUGCUGAACGCAUUUCACUGAAUAAAAAGAUUCAUGAAACUCAAGAAUUUCACAAAAGACUGAAGGAGGAUAGCCUGCUUCGUUUGCCUGAGUUUAUAAUCAAGCCUAGAUCCCAUACUGUCUGGGAGAAGCAAAAUGUGAAGCUACAUUGCACUGUCUCAGGAUGGCCUGAACCCCGAGUCACAUGGUAUAAAAACAAUGUGCCCAUCAACAUCUACACUGAACCUGGGAAAUACGUCACUGAUAGUAAAUAUGGCGUUCAUUCCUUGGAGAUUAACAAUUGUAACUUUGAUGACACUGCCCAAUAUCAUGCUUCAGCCAUGAAUGCCAAGGGAGAACUUUCAGCUUUUGCAUCAAUUGUGGUGAAGAGAUUCAAGGCUGAACAUGAUGAUUUCUUAUUCCAUCCUGGAAGAUAUGCACUUCCUUCCUCUUACCAUGUGGAACCUUAUUCUCACGUGAAGUUUGAUGUGCACAUUAUUGAAAAGUUUAGCGUGUCAUUUGGUAAGGAAGGAGAGACGAUGAGCUUGGGCUGCACUGUCAUUGUCCACCCCAGUCUAAAGCGAUUUCAGCCAGAGAUCCAGUGGUGGCGUGAUGGUAUUCAAUUACAUCCUUCCAAAUGGGUUCAGAUGCACUGGAGUGGUGAAUGUGCCACAUUAACCCUUACUCACUUAAACAAAGAGGAUGAAGGACUGUACACAAUGCGAGUGUUGACAAAAUCUGGUUAUGAACUCCAUAGUGCCUAUGUGUUUGUCAGAGACAGUGAUGCAGAGGUUGCCGGUGCCCCAGCAGCUCCCUUAGAUGUCUAUUGCUUGGAUGCCAAUAAGGAUUAUGUAAUUGUCAACUGGAAACAGCCAGCGGUUGAUGGCGGAAGCUCCAUCGUUGGGUACUUUGUUGACAGAUGUGAAGUUGGAACCACUCAUUGGGUUCAGUGUAAUGACACCCCAGUGAAGUUUGCUCGCUUCCCUGUCACUGGAUUGGUAGAAGGCCGCUCUUACAUCUUUCGUGUGCGUGCUGUCAAUAAUGUUGGAAUUAGCAGACCUUCCCGUGUGUCCGAUCCUGUGGCAGCCUUGGAUCCUUCUGACAGAGAUAGGCUAAAGAGUAUGCCAUUAGCCCCCUGGACUGGCCAGAUUAUUGUUACAGAAGAAGAACCAGCAGAAGGUAUUGUGCCUGGAAAACCUACAGAACUUACUGUAACUGAAGCCACCAAGAAUUAUGUUGUCCUCAGCUGGAAACCUCCUGGUCAACGUGGCCAUGAAGGUGUCAUGUAUUAUGUGGAAAAGUGUGUGGCAGGCACCGAGGACUGGCAGAGAGUUAAUCCAGAAAUCCCUGUGAAGUCUCCACGCUUUGCAUUGUUUGAUCUGGCUGAGGGUAAAUCAUACCGUUUCCGUGUCCGCUCUGCUAACUCUGCUGGUAUUGGUGAGCCUUCUGAAGCAACAGAAUUUACUGAAGUAACAGAUAAACUUGAUGUUCCAAAAGCACCUGGUCAUGUUGUGCCUUCAAGGGACACAGACACUUCUAUGGUUGUAUGCUGGGAAGAAUCAAAAGGUGCAAAGGAGUUGGUGGGAUACUAUAUUGAAGGAAGCAUCAGUGGAUCUGGAAAAUGGGAACCAUGCAAUAACAAACCAGUGAAAGGAAAAAGGUUUAUUUGUCAUGGGCUACACACUGGGGAGUCAUACAAGUUCCGAGUCAGGGCUGUCAAUGCAGCUGGCCUCAGUGAAUACUCACAAGAAUCUGAGGCACUGGAAGUCAAGGCAGCUUUAGGAGGAGGAGUGCCUCAUGGUGUGUUUCCUGAACAAAGUGGUAACAUUGACGGACUAACAGAAAGCCGUGCACGCUGGGAUGGCAAGCAUGAGGCAUCUCAGCCCGCACGUGACACUUUACUAAGUUGUGAUGCUGUGCUUAACAGACACCAGCUACCCACUGGCUAUGAUAAUUUGCCAUACACAGCACCAGGUACUUCAAAGGAGGUAAAUGCAAAGUGGACAAGCAAGCCUAAUCACAGAAGCUCAAAGGUACAAGAUAUGCACGAGGAGGGUAUAAAGGUACCAGACAUACAUGAAAAGGGUCCAAAGAUACAAGAUAAACAUGAAAAGGGCCUAAAGGUACAAGAUAUGCACAAGAUUGGUUCUAAGGUACAAGAUGAAAAUGAGAAAGGCCCUAAAGUUCAAGAUGUGCACUUGGACAACCUAGCUGCUCCAGCUCCGCCUUAUGGAAUUACAGUGCUUGAAACUGUCCGUGACUCAAUGGUGUUAGGAUGGAAGCAACCCAAAUUCCAUGGUGGUUCUGACAUCACUGGCUACUUUGUGGAUUACCGUGAAAUUAUUAAUGAUAUCCCUGGAAAAUGGAAGGAAGCCCAUAUCAAAGCUAUCAGUGAGCGAGCAUACAGAAUCAAUGACCUAAAGGAGAACAUGACAUAUCAAUUUCAAGUUCGUGCGAGCAACAUGGCAGGGGUUGGUUUACCUUCUCAACCGAGUGACAAGUUUAAGUGUGAAGAAUGGACCAUUGCUGUUCCAGGGCCACCUUAUGAUCUUAUGUACACUGAGGUCAGAAAGAACUCAGUGGUCCUCACCUGGAAAGCUCCAGUGUAUACAGGGCGUAGUGAGGUGAGAGGCUACUAUGCUGAUGUCCGGGAGGCAGAUGCAGAUGAAGAAAAAUGGUCAAGUAUCAAUGAAAAGGCAACAUCAAAUAGAUUCAUAAAGGUACAAGGACUAAAAGAAGGUGUGAGCUAUGUUUUCCGUGUACGGGCUGUGAACAUGGCAGGAGUUGGAAAACCAUCUGAUUUAACAGAGCCAGUCACCGCAGAAACAAGCCCAGGUACCAAAGAGAUUGUUGUAGAUGUGGAUGACGAUGGAGUUAUUUCCCUGAUCUUUGAGUGCACUGAUAUGGCUGGAGGUUCGAAAUUCAUUUGGUCUAAGAAUUAUGAAGAACUUAUUGACUCAUCAAGAGUUACUCUGGAGACCAAAGGCGGAAAGACAAGACUCACUUUCAAAGACCCAGGAAAGGAAGAUUUGGGUACUUAUUCUUGUGUGGUCACUGAUACAGAUGGAGUUUCUUCCAGCUAUGCCAUAGAUGAAACAGAGCUCUUGCGUCUUCUUGAAAUUAGUCACAAUCAUAAAUUCCCAGUUGUACCUCUGAAGUCAGAGCUAGCAGUUGAGCUCCUGGAUAAGGGACAAGUGCGCUUCUGGUUGGAGGCUGAACGUCUCUCUCCAAAUGGACAAUGUAAAUUUGUAUUUAAUGACAAGGAGAUUAAAAACGAUGAGAAAUAUAAAAUAAAGGUUGAUCAUAAAACUGGUUUGGUGGAAGUGAUAAUGGAGAAAUUGGAGGAUAUAGAUGAAGGCACUUACACUGUGCAACUCCAAGAUGGUAAAGCAAGUAACCAAUCUAGUCUGGUUCUGAUUGGAGAUGUCUUUAAGAAUCUACAGAAAGAGGCAGAGUUGCAGAGGGGAGAGUGGCUCAGGAAACAAGGUCCUCAUUUUGUUGAUUAUCUUGAAUGGGAAGUUACAAGUGACUGCAAUGUACUUUUUGAAAUGCAAGGUGGGCUAAUAUGUAAAAAGGAGACAUCAAUCAUCUGGUACAAAGAUGACAGAGAGAUAAUGUUUGAUGAAAAAAUGACUUCAAGGGAUGGUGUGUGUACUUUGUUGGUGCAACAGUUUUCAAAGAAGGACGCUGGUACUUACGAACUUGUGCUGAAAGAUGACAGAGGAAGAGAUUCAAGUGUGCUCCGACUGCUUGACAAAGCUUUCGGUGAUGUGAUAAGUGAAGUUUGUCGUAUGGCUGCUCUGACUGCAACUGAUGUGAAGGUACAGAGUACAGAGCAUGGUAUCAGACUCUACUCCUUUAUUUCUUACUACCUGGAAGAUUUGAAGAUUAUCUGGUACCACAAAGACGUAAAACUUGCAUCCACAGACAGAGUAAAGAGUGGUGUUACAGGGGAGCAGAUCUGGCUGCAGAUUAAUGAGCCUACAGAGAAGGAUCGGGGAAAAUAUACUCUGGAACUCUUUGAUGGAAAAGAAGGUCACAGAAAAUCAGUUGAAUUGACCGGAACUGUAUUUGAAGAAGCAUUUGCAGAAUUCCAGAGGCUGAAGCAGGCUGCAAUUGCUGAAAAAAAUCGCGCUCGGGUUAUCGGAGGUUUGCCUGAUGUUGUCACAAUCCAAGAAGGAAAGUCACUUAACCUUAAUUGUAAUGUCUGGGGAGAUCCAGUUCCUGCGGUUUCCUGGUUGAAGAAUGACAGGGAACUGCUGGGAGAUGCUCAUCUGAUACUUAAGUUUGAAUCUGGAAAAUUUGCUUCCUUCGUCAUCACCGACGUCAGGACCACAGACUCUGGCAAAUACAGCAUCCUUGUGAAAAACAAGUAUGGCACUGAGACAGGCGAUUUUACAGUAAGUGUUUUCAUACCUGAGGAAGAGGAGCAAGUUGCAAAGGAAAAAGCAACAAAGAAAAAGUGA